AUGAGUCCUCCAAAUCCACCCAUCCAAAGCUCCGUGGCCGAGCUGUUCCACACCAUUGAGACCAGCUUCCAGUCAACGAGCCUAGGACCCGAUAGUUGGUACCUCCUCACUAUUGCCUGUCUAUCCGGUAGUCCCGAUCCCGAGUUAGCCAAGGAGCUGUAUCUCUACGUUAUCCAGAAAGAGGAAAAUUCCAAUCCAGCCGCCCGCCAGGCAUUCGUGCGUCGAAUCCGUGAAGCCCUAGUCAAAUGUGUCUCCAUCGUGGGUUGCUGCAAGCCCAUCGAGGCCAUCAUUGCCAUAAGUCAGGUUGAGCAGGAAGAGGACAGGGAUUACAGUCUGACACGGGAGGACUGGCAAUGCGAUCAGGCAAACCAUGAGAGAGGCAUGAGAUGCAUUAUGAUUCAGAACCUGAAAAAGGAGACCCACUGGCAUAUCAGAGGGACGAGGAGAAUUGGGGUGUCAAAGGAAGAUACGCAGGUUUUGUGGGACUGUAUCCAACGCGUUGCUCGGUUUUUUGGCAUGAGAAUGAACAAGGUCCCGACCGUUGAUGAGGUGGAAUAUGAUGUGUGA